GGCACCUGCGCGCCGAGGAGGCGGGGCCCCGCGCGCCCCGCCCGCCGGCCGCGCCCGCCGCUUCCGCCCCGCGCUCUCGGGGACGCGCGGCCAUGGAGGGGAACCGGGACGAGGCGGAGAAGUGUGUGCGCAUCGCGCGCCAGGCCCUGGACGCCGGCGACCGCGAGCGGGCCCAGCGCUUCCUGCACAAGGCCCAGAAGCUGUACCCGCUGCCCGCCGCCCGCGCGCUCUUGGAAAUAAUUAUGAAAAAUGGAAGCACGGCGGGAAGUGGCCCUCACUGCCGGAGACCAGCGGGCCCCGGAGACGCCGGCAGGCCCAGGGGUGCGGAGGACGGCGGUCCCGGCGGGGCGGAAGGCGCGAAAGGCUACACCAAAGACCAAGUGGACGGGGUCCUCAGCAUAAACAAAUGUAGAAAUUACUAUGAAGUCCUCGGGGUCACGAAAGAGGCCGGCGAGGAGGACCUGAAGAAAGCGUACAGGAAGCUGGCCCUGAAGUUCCAUCCCGACAAGAACCGCGCGCCCGGAGCGACAGACGCCUUCAAAAAGAUCGGGAACGCGUACGCCGUGCUGAGCAACCCCGAGAAGCGGAGGCAGUACGACCUCACGGGCGGCGAGGAGCAGGCCUGCGGCCAGAGCAACGGCAGGUUCGACUUCCACAGAGGCUGCGAGGCCGACAUCACCCCCGAGGACCUGUUUAACAUCUUCUUCGGGGGCGGGUUCCCCUCGGGGAGUGUGCACUCGUUUUCCAACGGACGCGCUGGUUACGGCCACCAACAUCAGCACCGACACAGCGGCCACGAGCGAGAAGAAGAAAGAGGAGAUGGCGGCUUCUCCGUGUUCAUCCAGCUGAUGCCCAUCAUCGUGCUGAUCCUCGUGUCGCUCCUGAGCCAGCUGAUGGUCUCCAACCCCCCCUACUCCCUGUACCCCAGAUCUGGAUCAGGGCAAACUAUUAAAAUGCAAACAGAAAACUUGGGUGUUGUUUAUUAUGUCAACAAGGACUUUAAAAAUGAAUAUAAAGGAGUGUUACUACAAAAGGUAGAGAAGAACGUGGAAGAAGACUACGUGACCAAUAUUCGAAAUAACUGCUGGAAAGAGAGACAGCAGAAAACGGACAUGCAGUAUGCAGCGAAGGUGUACCGGGACGACCGGCUCCGGAGGAAGGCGGAAGCCCUGAGCAUGGACAACUGCAAGGAGCUGGAGCGGCUGACCAGCAUCUACAAGGGCGGCUGACGGCAGGGGGCCGUUGCGUGCCCCGCGUCGAGCUGCCUCGCGAGCGCUAGCAGGAGAGAUCGGCUCUGCACACCCGCACCCAGCAGGCCCCCGAACCUCGGACGUGUCUGACCUACUGACUCCUUUAAUUAGUAAGAAACUGGAAGUGAAAUCAAUAUUUUAGUUACGCCUCCGCUAUUACUUUCCACUCUAACAGCUUCUGUGACUAACUGUCUAAAACUGCCUCGGCGAGGACCAGCGCCCGCAGCCGUUCCCGCGCAGGGAUCUCCGUCUCUUCCCUUGUCCUGUAAAUACUCAUGGAAUGAUCAUUUUGUGUACAUAUAGGUUCUCAUUUUUUAAAAUUUAGAUUAUUUUAGCGUUAGCAAUUUGAGACACUUUAAGUUUAAAUUAAUGGAAUAAAUGUACGAUGACAAAAGUGCAUUUUUCUUGUCAGCUGUUGAGUGUGUGGCAUUUAAACAUGAACCUUUUACAAGAAAAUGGAAAACAAAAGCUGUUUAACUGUGUAAAAUCUUGUAGCAUUAUCAGCUUAGAGGGAAUUGAUAUUUUUAAUAUUGCCAUUAUAUUCCAGAAUAUAUAUUGAGAUAAAAGAACUGGUGUAUGCUAUCGGUUUGCUAUUUAUUUAGUUUCUAUGAAUUGCUAAUCCACGCAUAGGAAUGAAGUGUUGCCUUGAAUGACACUGAGGAGAGGGCUGUCUUGAUAGUGACCCGGGGGUCUUCAGCUGAAUCCCAUCAGCAUCAUUGGCAGUUCUGGGUCCCGAGAGACCCCAGUGUCCCGUGUAUUGUCUUUGAAGGCUGCCGUGGUCUCCUUGCCUCCUGUCCCCGUGGAAAUGUGCAGCUUCUGUUAAGGCUGAGGUCAGCAGGAUUCCCCCGGUGAACGGGCUCUCUCCAACCAGACAGUGGGAAAAGUGCUCCUCCACGAAGCUCCGUGCCUUUACCCUGCUCCCCCCCCCCAGCCCCUGGGCCUGAGAAGAGGCACCACACUGGGGCCGUGUAGGCGGGGAGGGUGGUUCCUGGCCCUGACCCUCGCGGCCUCUGGAGCUAGACUCUGAGUCUCGGUGGAGGAACCGGGUAGGGACAAGCUCCGUGGAGUAGGAUUCACGAUGUGAGUGAGAUCAGCCCUCGGGAAUGGAAGAUCUGGGUGUCUGGGUGUCGGGUGUGGGACUCUCAGACUUCCUGGGUCCUUGUGUUCACCUUUGUACUCUGACUGCUUCUGCUCGAGACUCACCUAGCAGGAUGAGCAUACAUUUCCGGUUGUCGUUGACGUCUGUGUGACAGUGGUGGAGUGGCUGUGUUUUUUUGUUUAAUGAUUUUUUUUUUUCUGAAUACGGUUAAUUUAUAGCAUCUGUUGAACAAAGCUGCCAAAAUGACCAUUCUUUGUCAGAGGUUUUCUUGUGGGCAGGAGAGACGUACAGAGGUCAAGGUGCUUGUCUUGCACGAGGCUGACCCCAGUGGGAUCCCCAGCACUGCUUAGGGUGCCCCUGGGCCCCACCAGGAGCGGUCCCUGAGCACAGAGCCAGGAGUAAGCCCUGGGCACUGCCCGGUGGGGACACAAAACAAAACAAAAAAUGGUUUUCUUGUAUCCCCUUGUCCCUGAAUAGAAAUGCCUAAUUGAAUUAGUAGGUUAAAUGAAAUGAUACACUGUUAUAGAAACAAUGGACAAUUAACCAAAUCUGCUUUAGAGAUGGGAUCUUGAACACAACAGCUGUGCUUAAAAGGAAAUGUGAUGUAAAAUGUUUCUUGAGCCUGUAGAUUGAGUUGUUUUUUUUUUUUUUUAAGCUUACAGCAUUCUUGGUUGUUUUGUUCCCCCCACCCUUUUUUGGGGGAGGGGGUAACUUUUCCCUUCUUGGUACUGGGAAUCCCUCCUGCCCGCUCAGGGAUCGUACUGGGGCUUCACAUCAAAGCAGGUGCCUUCCUACCCAGCGACUUCACGAGCUCAUACGCAUCAGAACAGGGAGAGAUGCAGACGAAACUCUUCAACUACUUAUUUUUCCAGUUUUAGUGGGAAAUUUACACUUGUGGAGAUUCUUAUGUGAGUUGAUGGAUCCUUUUCCCUUGAUCCUGGCUUACGGGGACCCAUGACGUUAUCAAGCUAAGUGAGUUACGAGUGAUGAAGUCUUACUUGCUUACUUGAACAGUAUUAUAUUCCAGUUGAUUCUUUGCGUUGCAUUCCAUUUCAUAAAAUGUUCGAGGAAGUGUCUUAGGUGAAAUAAUAUUUUCAGACUGCUUUGGGAAUGACUGGCGUGCCUGUAACUUCACUCACACAGAAAGUAGCAAAUGAAGAUUGGGUCCUGAAUGGUGCCCCCGUCACUGGUCUGGGAAUUCUAGGUUAAUUCCACAAAGCAAAAAAAAAUAGCCGUCUAGAGGUACAAGAUCUUCGGAUUUGCUACUCUUGGAAUAAGAAUUCCAACAUCCUGCCACCCUAUUUUUAGCUACAUAAGCUUUGUAGUUUUGUUUGAUACUUUGUGCUGCUCUUUUUUAAGUAUCGCCUGAAAGCCUUUUACCAUCUCUACCGCGAGUCUCUAAGUGGUGUUCCGGAAGUUUGGCUGCAGUUACACUUAUUAACCCUUACACGGUUUCAUUUCCUUUUUUUUUUUUUUUUUGCUUUUUGGGUCCCACCUGGAGAUGCUGUACAAGGGUUAUUCCUGGCUCUGCACUCAGGAAUUACUCCUGGUGGUGCUCAGGGACCAUAUGGGAUGCUGGGUCCGCCUCGUGCAAGGCAAACGCCCUACCUGCUGUGCUAUUGCUCUAGCCCCCCCGGUUUCAUUUCUUUACUCAUACUAACAUCAUCGUCCAUAUGAGGGUUGGGGGAAAGGAGAUGGAAGCUCGUUUGAUCCCUUCAUUCUCAAAUAGAUUGGUGCUAAGCAUUUUGAUCAAAUUUUGAUCAAAUCUGAGAAUUCUCAACAAUGAGGAGUUUCAGGUUAUAAUUUGUCUUAGAAGUAAAAAUAAUUUUGGGGAACAGAGUGCAUGUGACUGCUUUAAGUAUUCAUUUCAUAAUCAUCAUAUGCUUAUUUCUGAUUUACAAGGAUUUGAUAAAGUACAUUCUCUGGCAUUUACAUGCCAGUGCACUGAACCAUUUCGCUUUAUGCCUGCUGAAGUGGGGGCAAAGCAGGCAUACAGAAAUCCAGCCCAGGGGACUCAAAUUCCACUUCUUUUCCUCAGUUUUCUUCCUGUUUAAAUCUUCAGUUACGCUAAUAAGUAAAACAGGUACUGUACUGAUUAAUCUUUUGAUUCCCUUUGUUGAUCUCUAAUAUUUUAACAUGCUGCUGCUAUUAAACAGGUAGGCCCUGUUAGGAUUACCUAAUAAUUCAUUCAGACGAAUUCCCCUGGAAAGCAGUCUUUUGCCUGUGUUAAGGUAGGAGUGAGUUAUCUUGCUGUUGGCCUGAGGACCAAUCGAAGUGACUUUCCGGCUAAGAAAGUAUUAUAGCAGAGGGCGAAUGGCUCAGAGGAGAUUUUGUGUGUGUGUUCCUGUUUCCCAGGUGUGGCUGGGGGCGGUGCUUUGUGUCUGUUUGUCUUCAGACUGAGUGCAGCGGAUUGAGAGGACAUUCAUAAUCUCUUUUCUGAUCAGAACAGAAAAACUUCUGUAAUGAAUUACAAAUCUAAAUUUUAAUCUUUAUUAAAUAGCUGAAAAACUUUGCCUACUGGCCCCGGUGGGUUAGAGCUUAGUUCAAAGCCAUGACAUACGUUAUGGACCAAUGAAAAACAGUAGUCUGACAUUAGCUUCCAAAUCUUUCUUAAUUCUGAUUUUAAUUACAAAGAAAAAGUGGGUUAAAUAAGGACCUUUAAAGAAUUCUUGCACACACCUUUAAUAAUCAGCUAACGCUGUCCUAGAAUUCAGUCUUCUGUUUUGGUUUCAUUACUAUUAAAUAGACACUUUCAUAUAAAUGAAAAUGCUUUGCCUCGAAACAUUAACUCAAAACAUACUCCUUAUAUUAAGGGUUAUGUAACCAUAUUUCUCUGUGAAUCCCUGAGUAUAACUUUCUUGUUGGUAUGUGAUUCCUUUCAUUUAAUUUUAUUAUCUGCUGGUUUGGGGGUCAAUAGAUUUGUGAAUAUUCCACGGUGUGCCGGUAUAUAGGUGUAUAUAUAUUUUUCUCCAGCUAAUACCUCAAAUGUGUGAUUGUUUAAUGUAGACCACACUAUGUUUGCACAGAGUAGGGCUUCCAUUAGCAGUGGAUAUUUUCAUUUCUAACUUUAAAAAUCAGUCCCAUAAUUUCCUGCUUAUAAAUUCUUUCUGUUGAUCUUUUUCUUUCUAUUUCAAGAGGAUAUUAUUAUAAGGUCAGUGAAUCAAGUCUAAUAUCUUUCUAUAACUAGCAAUUUGGAAAUAUGUCAUGGUAAGAAGUGUUUCUUGAAGAGUCCCAUUGAGAAAAUCAUCAUGAACAGCCGGUAUUACCAGCUGCUGAGGUCUCUGACCUGCUUCAGGGUGCCCAGCCAAAUGCCACAAGUCUGAAACAUUUCAGUAUAGAAUUCAGCACACCCCGAGUUGAUACUGUUCUGGGCCAUGUGAGAACCCCACAAGGAACAGUUUUCAGUAAUGUUGGAGUAUUUCAAGUCAAUUAAAAGUGAGUUGUUUUUGACUUGGAUUAUGAGGGAUCACUGAAAUAAUACUUUGUGAUUUAUUUGCAUUAAGAAAUGCUUCUUACCUGGUGUGUGUGUGUGUGUGUCUGUGUGUUUUGAGUUGCUACAUAGGAGAGGGAUCACUAAAAUAAUGUAGGUGUGUGUGUGUGUGUGUGUGUGUUUUGAGUUGCUACAUAGGAGUUUCCAUUUACAGUUUAAAUCCUGAUUUUAAAAGCUACAGAUCAUUUUCAAGGUGAUGGAAUUUUAAUGGAAGCCUUGUAUAAGUGAGGUGAAACUGAUGAAGGUGAUCUUACUUUGUCUGUAAUGCAUUCAAGAUUAUACAGUUAGAUUUUAAAAAUGAAAUGUCUGGUUUGUAAAAUAUUUAAUGUUAUAUCAGACUUAUAUAUAAUAAAAUUUACUGUGUGAGAACUCUGUUAAAGAAAAUGCAUUUGAUUUUUAAUGAAUGUCCUGCUGAAUGACUUACAAAUUUUUGUCUUUCAGUCCUUUCAGUUUUCUUAAUAUAUGAAUAAAAAGAAGGUAUGUUCUCACUGUAAA